AUGCUAAAACUUAUUAUUCCCACAAUCAUGUUAAUCCCCCUCACCUGACUAUCAAAAAAUAAUAUAAUCUGAAUUAACUCCACCUCCCACAGCCUCCUUAUCAGCCUAACUAGCCUAUCAAUACUUUACCAAACCACCAACAACAGUCUAAACUUCUCGCCACUAUUCUUUACAGACCCCCUCUCCACACCCCUACUAAUUUUAACAACCUGGUUACUCCCUCUAAUAAUUAUAGCCAGUCAAUCCCAUCUACACAAAGACACAACCACCCGAAAGAAAACGUACAUCUCAAUACUCAUCUCCCUCCAAAUACUCCUAAUCACAACAUUCACCGCCACUGAACUAAUAAUAUUCUACAUUUUAUUCGAGGCAACCCUAAUCCCAACCCUAAUCAUCAUCACUCGAUGAGGCAACCAAGCAGAACGACUAAACGCAGGACUAUACUUCCUAUUCUACACACUAAUUGGCUCCCUACCCCUACUAGUAGUACUAACCUACAUCCAAAACUCCAUUGGAUCCCUCAACAUUCUCAUCACCCAAUACUACUCACAACCAUUGCCCACAACCUGAUCAUCCAACCUCCUAUGACUAGCGUGCAUAAUAGCCUUCAUAGUAAAAAUACCACUAUACGGACUCCACCUCUGACUCCCAAAAGCCCACGUCGAGGCCCCCAUCGCAGGAUCAAUAGUACUAGCAGCCAUCCUACUAAAACUGGGAGGCUACGGAAUACUACGAAUCACAACCCUCCUAGAUCCACUGACCAACUCAAUAGCCUACCCGUUUAUGAUACUAUCCCUAUGAGGCAUAAUUAUGACCAGCUCAAUCUGCCUACGCCAGACCGACCUAAAAUCUCUAAUCGCCUACUCAUCAGUAAGCCACAUAGCCCUAGUAAUCGUGGCCAUUCUCAUCCAAACACCAUGAAGCUUUAUAGGCGCCUCAACCCUAAUAAUCGCACACGGCCUGACUUCCUCACUGCUAUUCUGCCUAGCCAAUACCAACUAUGAACGCACCCACAGCCGCACCAUAAUACUAACCCGCGGACUUCAAACCCUCCUUCCCCUAAUAGCACUAUGGUGACUCCUGGCAAACCUAUCCAACCUGGCCCUCCCACCCACAAUUAACCUGAUCGGAGAACUAUUUGUGAUCAUACCAACGAUUUCGUGAUCCAAUAUUACAAUCGCACUCCUAGGACUCAAUAUAACCAUUACAUCUAUAUACUCACUGUCUAUAUUCAUCAUCACACAACGCGGAAACCCAACUAACCACAUACACACAAUCAAACCAUCAUUCACACGAGAAAAUACUCUAAUACUCAUACAUCUCCUACCACUGGCCCUCCUAUCAAUCAACCCAAAACUCAUUCUAGGGUUACCUUACU